GAUGAAGAUUGGAAAGUGGAUAGAAUUAGAUGAAGAGUUUUACUUUGAUAAAUAAGAUACUCAUGAUGGUUAAUAUAAUAAGAAUGGUAAGAAGGUAGGUAGAUGGGAUAUUAUGUAUUGUAAACCCUAUGAGUAGGAAUAUAAAUAAAUGUAUAUAUUAUAUAAGUUAUAAAGGGGGAAUAUAGUGGUGGUGGAUCAUAUGAUUAAGAAGGAAAUUAGGUAAAGAUUGGAAAGUGGGUAGAUUUAGAUGAAGGGUUUAACUUGAAUAAAUAAAUUACUCAAAAUGGUAAAUAAAAUAUGAAUGGUAUGAAGGUAGGUAGAUGGGAUAUUAUGUUUUAGUGAAUAUGAUGAUGAAAAUUAUAAAUAAAUGU